AUGGCUUCCACACCGGAGCUCGCUGCUGAAGCAGUCGCCUGGGGUGAGGCGUUUCGGGAUGACCUUCGCAAGACGGACCCAUCGAACAUUGUCCAUUCUUCCUACAUUUCCCUAACAUCGCCCGUCAAGUACAGCAAGCUCAAAGAGAUCAAGGGUCUCUACGAGCCGAACAAUGUUUUCAAAUCGGCAUUGGCGCAAUUCUAUUAG